GUCGGCGAGGUACGUGGAAAGGUAAAACUUGCAGAGGAAAGUCACAUUUUAUCAGAUUCAUGGCGGGCGAAGCUAGAUCUCAAGGUUUCUGAGCCACAUCAUCAAGACUUACCUGUCAAUUUAUUGUGGUUCCUAAGCGAUUUCAGGAACUCGCAACCUUCAGAUAUUGUUUCUCAGUUUUUCUCUAAGAAUGCUGAGGGAUUUGAAACUAUUUCGCCGAAAUUCGGGCAAGAAUCCCGUUACAGAGGAGAUUGAGAAUGUGCCUGUACACCUGGAAGAUUCAUCUUUGAAUCGCACAGGUAUUAAUGUGACAAGGGCACCUCUAAAUUCGAUCCAGGAGCUUAUUCAAAAUCCAAAAACUGCAACAGAACAAGAAGCAAGUCUUAAAAGCAAGCUUGAUAGAACCCCUUCAAAGGUCAAGGGCAAAGGUUAUGAUGCCACAUUAGCACUUAGAACUCCAGAUAAACAAGGCGUCGGGCAUUCCUCAAAGUAUAGGUUUGGGUGGGUACAGAAGAGCGAUGCUAAUUCGAACGACUCUGAAACUCGUGAGGAGGGGAGGAUUGAUGUAGGCAAUGGUCAGAAUCAUGCGCCACAGUCAUACCGUGUGGCUGGCAUAAACAUGACCCCACGUUCAACUCGGACAAUAGGAAGAGCUACAUCAACAAAUUCUGAGUGCAAUUCGAUCCAAACCACACCAACCAAGAGUGUCAGCAAGCCUCCACAUCCAGCAUUUGCUCCCUUAAGUGGCUCUCGCUCUCAUGUGAGCAUGGGAGUUCGUGCAGGGAACUUUACCGCACUAUCUAAAGGGAUUCCAGUCCCUUCUACUCCAUCUACAGUUGUUAAUACGCCUGAAGUGCCUCACUUCGAGCUUAAAGAGGAUCCAUCAUUCUGGAUGGAUCACAAUGUACAGGUUUUAAUACGUAUCCGCCCUCUCAAUAACGCGGAGCUGAGUUCACAUAGUUACAUCCGGUGCUUGAAGCAAGAGAGCACACAGAGCAUCACUUGGAUUGGACAGCCAGAACUUCGUUUCACAUUUGAUCACGUAGCUUGUGAAACAGUCAAUCAGGAAAUGCUUUUCAGAGUUGCGGGUCUGCCAAUGGUUGAGAAUUGUCUUUCCGGUUACAAUAGCUGUAUGUUUGCUUAUGGCCAGACUGGAAGCGGGAAGACAUAUACUAUGCUUGGUGAGAUUGAUGAAUUGGAAGUUAAGCCAAGCACAAACCGUGGAAUGACACCACGCAUAUUUGAGUUCUUGUUUGCAAGAAUAAGAGCUGAAGAGGAAAGUCGAAGGGAUGAAAAGUUAAAGUACCAUUGCAAGUGCUCAUUCUUAGAGAUUUACAACGAACAAAUUACGGAUCUUCUUGAUCCAUCAUCCACAAAUUUGAUUUUGCGAGAGGAUAUUAAAAAGGGUGUAUAUGUUGAAAAUCUCACUGAAUUCGAAGUCCAGACUGUGACUGAUAUUCUUAAGCUUCUUAGCCAGGGUGCUGCAAAUAGGAGAGUUGCAGCCACAAACAUGAACAGAGAGAGCAGCCGAUCACAUAGUGUCUUUACGUGCGUGAUUGAGAGUAGGUGGGAAAAAGAUUCCACAACUAACCUACGAUUUGCAAGGCUAAACCUUGUAGAUCUUGCUGGUUCAGAAAGGCAGAAAACAUCGGGUGCUGAAGGCGAACGCCUGAAGGAAGCUGCAAAUAUCAACAGAUCAUUAUCUACACUUGGUCAUGUAAUAAUGGUUCUAGUGGAUGUGGCACAUGGGAAACGACAUAUUCCUUAUAGAGAUUCAAGAUUGACCUUUCUUCUUCAGGACUCGCUUGGUGGAAACUCCAAGACAAUGAUCAUUGCUAAUGUCAGCCCUUCAAUGUCUUGUGCAGCUGAAACACUAAGCACUUUAAAGUUUGCUCAGCGGGCAAAACUUAUUCAAAACAAUGCUGUUGUGAAUGAAGAUUCUUCAGGAGAUGUACUUGCAUUGCAACACCAGAUACAGCUUUUAAAGGAGGAACUUUUUGUUCUUAAGCGUCAGAAUGUCUCUAGAUCUCUUUCAUUUGGUUCAACAAUGCUUGUGGAUACUGAUGGGGAAGGGCAUGACACUGCUUCUCUGGAAAGGAUAUCUGAAAUGGAUCAUCAGAAAGCUGAAGAUUUUCAUGGAUCGGCACCAUUGGGCACUGUGAGAGUGUCCACAAAACAGUUGAAAUCUUUGGAAAAGAUUCUUGCUGGUGCCUUGAGAAGAGAAAAGAUGGCAGACACUUCAAUCAAGCAACUUGAAGCGGAAAUUGAACAGUUGAACCGUUUGGUUCGCCAAAGGGAAGAAGACACCCUUCGCACUAAAAUGAUGCUGAAAUUCCGGGAGGAUAAGAUUCGGGGAAUGGAAUCACUAAUUGGAGGUUUAAUGCCUUAUGAUACAUAUCUACUGGAAGAAAAUAGAGCACUAUCAAAAGAGAUUGAGUUGCUUCAAGCUGGAAUUGAUAGGAACCCAGAAGUGACUCGUUUUGCAAUGGAGAAUAUCAGGCUUUUAGAUCAACUUAGAAGGUAUCAAGACUUUUAUGAAGAAGGGGAGAGAGAAUUCCUUCUGGCUGAAGUAUCUGAGUUACGGGAUCAGGUCUCUGUUCAGUUCCUAGAUGGGAAAAUUGCAAGGCAAGACCAAGAUAUGAGCAUGUUAACUCAGGAAGCUGGAAUUGUUAGCCAAGAAGAUGACUCAUUCCAUUUGGAGUUGGAACACACACGAAAAGAGUUAGAAGACUCCAGGAAAAACCUAAAAUCUUGCAUGGAAAUCAAUUCAAAACUCAUGAGAGAGCUAGAUGAUCUGCAUGCUCAGUUUAAGAACCUCAAAUCUGCACCAAUUGAUACAGAUGCCAAUGCUAAUCCUCAAAAGGAGUCCGUGGUGGAAUCUCAAUCAAAUCAGAGUCACUUGCUUGAAGAAGUUGAAAAAGAGAAAUGGAAGCAUCAAAUGUUAUUAAAGCACACAGAGGAAACCAUGAAUUUGCAGCUGGAGUUGGAUAUACUAAAGAUUAUACUCCAGGAAGAAAGAUCAUCUCGUGGUGAGAUUGAAUUGAAAGAUGCUAAGAAUUUAAUUGAAGCUCUUGAACCUCAGCAUAUUUUAUCAAUAAAAGAAUUGGAGGACAUUACGGACAGAAACAGUUACGAGCUUCUGAGUAAACGAGAGCAGGAAAUCACCAUUUUGAAGGACCAACUUUGUGGUCAAGAACUAAGAGAUCACCCACCUUUGAAGGACCCCAAGAAUGAGAGUUCCCCCUUACAAGAAAAAUUGAAGAGGAUGCAAGAUUCUCUUGAAAAGGCCAAGAGAUUAAAUAUGUGGUACCAAAGCGACCGGGCAUUUCAGACAUCCAACGAACAGGAAAUGGAUGAGGUUCGUCGCCAGGUAGAAGCUGAAACUGCCGAGGUGAUUGUAUGUUUGCAGGAAGAACUUGCAACUCUUCAGCAGCAAGUUGAGGAUGCUAAUGCAAAAGAGAUGCAGGGCAAACAAAGUUUGAUGCUUCUGGAGAGUGAAUCGAAGGUGCUGCAGGAAAGGCUACAUUUGUUGACCCAAGAAAAUGAAUGGUUAGGAAAAGUACUUGAGCAGAAAGAUAUGGAAAUAAGAGCAUUAUCUGAAGACUGGGAAAGAUUAGGCUGUGAGAUUGAAGAAUCUCUUGCUGAUGGGCAUGUGGCACUCGAUGAAGCCUCUGAUCAGCUUGACUUGAUAUCAAGUUCCCUACCUCAGAGGACUUGGAUUGGUGAGCAGGUGGGAUGGAUGGUAAGGAGCAUCUCCGAGAAAGAAUCUUUGAUUGAAGAACUUCAAAGGUGUCUGGAGGAUGCAAAUAAUAUUAAAAGUGAUAUGGAAUGGAAGCUGAGGUCCCUCAGAGGUGCUGCAUUGGCUAUAACUGAAGCACAACAGCAGGAAAGAAAUGACAAGGAUAAUGAAAUUGCCCUGUUGAUGUCAGAGCUGAAUAAGAAAAAUACCGCUAUAAUUGAGCUAAAGAAUAGGAUUAAGCUGGGACAGGAUCAGAUUAGAAAGGCUGAGGUUUGUGCUAUGGUUGCUUUUGUGAUUGUAAAUAGAUUCUCUGAGACAAACUCUGAUUACCUCAAUGCAUUGAGGCGUAAAGAUCUCCAGCUUAGUGAUUCCUUGGAUUUGAAUUUGGAGAAGGAUGCUCUUGUAGGUGAUCAGGCUGCUGUGAUUGCAGAAGCAGAAAAACAGAUUCAAUUUCUGAAAAUGGAACUGGAAUCAUCUAAGGAAAGCUGUAAUACACUCAAAACCCAACUUUUUGAGGAGAAGGAGCAUUUUUUUAGUUUGGUACAGAAGCUGGAAGAGUUUGAGAAAGAUGACAUUUUGAAAACGAGGGAGAAACUAAAUGAGUUCAAAAUGGGUAUUUCCACACUCAAUUCAUGCAUGGAUGAAUACACAGAGCAGUUGAGAGGGCCUGAGAAAAUACGUAUUCCAGGAAAGCAUGAAAGUAAAUGUGCGGAAGGCAGUCAUGAGGGACAGACUAAGAUUGAAACACUUCAAGGUAGCAGCAAUAAAGGGUCACAAGUUGAUGAUGCAAAAAAAGAUAUCACACAGAGUUCUUUCAAACUGGGCAGUAAUUUUGAUGAGUACUCAUGCGAACUGGAAAAUUCAUUGUCUGAAAGAACUUCCAAAGAUGUCUUUGACAAAGAUUUAACCAUUGUUCUUCUGAGAGAAGAACUAGAGUCUGCACUGGUCAGCUUAAGUGGUGUUCAGGCUCAGAUGGCCAAACUAAUUGAUGAGAAGGAGGAGAUUAGGAAGUGUGAAAAAGAGGGUCGAAAAAGCAUUGAAUCUCUUACAGCUCAGGUGUUUGCACUGCAAGCAGAGAUAAGUAGCAUGGAAAAAGAAUAUGAUUUCAAAAUUAUAGCAUUGGAUAAUAAGCUGCAGAUAGUUGAAGAAAUUGCUCAAGAAGCUGGCAAUUGUUGGAAUGAAACAAAAGAGGUGCUUGAGCUUGAACUCUGCAAUGCAAAGGUGGUUGCAGAGCAGAAAACCGCUGAGACUUCUUGUCUGCUUGCUAAAUUUGAAGAAGCUCAAGAAACCAUGAAAGAAGCAGAUGUAAUGGUGAAUGCACUGGUGGUGGCGAAUGAAAAUGCAAAGAUUCAAAUAGAAAGGCUCAGAAGAAAGGGAGAAAUAUUAGCCAAUGAAAAGGACUUCCUAACCACUGAGGUCCAAAACUUGCAGCGAUCUAAUAAUGUGAAGGAUUUGCAGUAUGAUAACCUAGAAAAGCAGUUCAGAUUGAAUUUGAGUGAGACAAAGAGUGAAGUUUUGGCACUGGAGGAUAUCAUUGGACAAGUUCAGACCACUUUCAGGGAAGAAUUCGAGUCAAUUUUAUGUGAUUUCCACUGCUUCAAGGCUCAGCUUCUAUGUUCGAUAAAAUUAUUGAGGCCAUGGUUGGAGGAUGUCUGGUCUGGGAUUAUUGUGAAAGAUUGUGCUGUGUCAGUGCUACACCUUUGUCACAUGGGGAUUUUGCUGGAGACAGUGACUGGACUGAACGCAGAAAACGGAUUGCUUCAUCAUGGGCUGUGUGAAUCAACAUCUGUCAUAGCUAAUUUGAGGGACCACAAUUUGAAAUCAGAAAGAGAGCUUGAGAUAUGUAGAGUCCUUAAGGGGAAACUACUGGUUGACAUUAAAAACAGCUUUGAUCGCAUCACAAGGAAAGAAGAUGAAACUGGAAAGCUAAGUGCCAAGCUACACUCUUUUGAGAAGAAAAUCUUGGAUUUACAGCUCCAAGAAGAGUCAAUGUUGGCUAGGUCAAACUCUAUAGGAUCUGAACUAGCCAUGUUAAUGAAAGAGUUGGACCUAAGCAAUGCAAAUGCUUUGACAGCAAUUUUGGAUCAGGAACAAGUGCUUAGAGAUAAAGAGGAGGUUAUGAAAUCUCAGGCUGAGUUUAUUAUGCUUGGUUCAACUGCCAAAGACAUUGAAUCACUAGUCUUGGCAUCAGAGUUGAAACUCAUGGGUUCCAGGAAAACUGAACUGGAGAGAGAGCAAUAUGCAUUCACUGGAAUCCUUGAGAAUAUAAAGAAAGAAAUGAUCUUUCUUAAGGUAGAUGCAGAAAUGGAAAUGCAAUUAUUAACGGAUAUGGAAGUUGAGGUUACCCUUGUAAAGAAAGAAGUUGAAGAAGCACGUACUGAUAGACAGGAGUUAUCACUGAAGUUGAACCGAAGUUGCUUAAAAAUCACAGAGAUGGAUACAAUCAACAAGACCCUUGAGCUAGAUAUUCAAUCACUAAAGGAAGUUACAAGUAUUAAUGACAAAUUAAAAGAUGAGCUUAGUGGAAUCUGUGAAACGAAGGAAAGAUUAGCAGUUCAGGUUCAAGAACUUGAGGCUGAAAGGGACAGACUUCUUCAUGAUCAAGGAAUGAAGGAAACAGCUCUGAGAUCUUCCUCUGAUCAUAUUGCUGUCCUUGAUCUAACAAACCAGAAGUUGCAGAAUGAUGCGUGCUUGCUCGAAGCUUUAGUUUCCAGACUUCAAACUGACUUGGACUUGAAAGAUGUAGAACUUAGCAAAAUGAGCUCCAUGGAAGAGGAAAAAGAGUCGCUGGAAAAGGAGUUAAGCACGCUAAAGGCACAUCAUUGCAGAGUCCUAAAAAAUCUAGAGGAGAAAGAAUCUGAAUUUCAAUCAUCUUUGCUCCUCAAAGAUCAGGAAAAAUGUAGCUUGCACGAGAAAACCCACUUCCUAGAAACAUCCAUUUCCAGACUUCGGGCUGAUCUAGAAGCGAGACAUGUAGAACUGGCGGAGGUUCGACAUUCUCAAUCUGUCACAGCAGAGAAGCUUAGUUUGGAAAGCCAAGAUAUAGAGACUCAGAUUAGCCGAACAAAUGCCUUGAAGGAAGAAAACUGUUCUUUGAGAGCUGAACUUAUGUCUAUUGGGCAAAACAGGGGUGAUUUACUUUCUUUGCUACGAUUGAAUGCUAAGAUCUGUAUUGAUUCAGUUGAAGCCUUAGACAUGUCAAGGGACAGAGUAUUUCAGGUAUUGGAGGAAAAAGGUAUUGUAAUGUUAAAUAAUAUGUUCCAGGAGAUUUGUGAAAAUGAAGAAAGAGCAUCUAUGUUUAUAGCGGAAUCUGAGUUCUUGGAGCACUUUGCUGAAGAGCUGAUUUCUGAAAAUUUAUCCCUCAAGGUUGAGUUGUUGCAUAAAGAUGAAGUUUUGAAAGGUUUGUUGUUUGAUCUGAGCUUGUUGCAGGAGUCAGCAUCUAAUGCCAUGGACCAUAAAGAUGAAGUUGAAGAAAUGAUGGUUGCCCUGGAGUCUUUAGAAGAUGAGUUUGCAGUAAAAUCACGUGAGCUUGUUGAAGCUGUAGCUCAUGGCCAAUUUCUUGAAGCUCAAUUGCAAGAGAAAAAAAAUAUGAUCUCUGCUCUUGAAUUGGGUAUUUCAGAGGAGCGUGAGUCGCUAAAACUGCUUUCACAAGAAAACAAUGAUCUGAGAGUUCACAUGGAAGAUAUUUUAGCAGCAAAAACUUCCAUUGAAGAGGAAUUAAUGGAGAGAAUGAAGGUAAAUGAAAGGUUUGAGGAGGAAAUCCUUGGAAUGGGUAAUGCCCUUUGCCAGAUGAACUAUUUCAUUGAUAGCUUGAAGAACGAUUUGAACACGGUUAUGAAUGAGAAGGAUAUCCUCGAGUCUGAGUUACUUGUAUUGAAAGAGAAUCUAGAAAAAACACAGGCCUUAGCUGAAGAAAAUGAAGCUAUUGCAAUAGAAGCUCGACAGAUAGCAGAGUCAAGAAAGGUUUAUGCUGAAGACAGGGAGGAGGAAGUUAAGCUCCUUGAGAGGUCUGUGGAAGAGCUAGAAUGUACGGUAAAUGUGUUGGAAAACAAGGUGGAAAUUGUCAAAGGGGAGGCUGAAAGGCAGCGGUUGCAGAGGGAGGAGCUAGAGAUGGAGCUUCAGGCUGUAAGGCAUCAGAUGCUUCUAAUGCAUACUUCUGGUGUUGUCAUGGAUUCAGAAGCUCAAGGCUUUGGAAGGGGAGAUGCUGACCUCCAAAGGUCUGGAGGUCAUCUGCAAGAGAAAGAGACUGACUUGCUAGAAGCCCAAAAGCAGAUAGAGAUUCUUGAGAAGGAUAUGGCUGAGAAGGAUGCAGAGAUAGCCCAGUGCAGAACACAUAUAUCCGAGCUAAAUUUGCAUUCAGAUGCACAGGCACGCAAGUACAAGCAAAAAUUCAAAGUUUUGGAAGCCAUGGCUGAACAAGUCAGACCUGAAAACACUUCCUCUUAUGUCACAAACUCAUCAUCAAAUAAACCAGAGAAGCCUGCGGCAAAAUCUAGGGGUUCUGCUUCCCCUUUUAAAUCUAGGGGUUCUGGGUCCCCGUUUAAAUGCAUUGGUUUGGGCUUGGCCCAGCAAAUAAACUAUGAGAAGGACGAGGAGCUGACUGCAGGGAGGCAUCGGAUUGAAGAGCUUGAGGCAUUAGCUGCAAGCCGACAGAAGGAGGUAUUCAUGUUGAAUGCAAGGCUAGCUGCUGCAGAGAGCAUGACCCAUGAUGUAAUACGAGAUUUAUUGGGAGUAAAGUUGGACAUGACCAACUAUGCUUCAUUAUUGGAUCAUCAGCAAGUGCAGAAGCUAACAGAAAAGGUUCAGCUUCAUGGCGAAGAAUCCCAAGUAAAGGAACAAGAGGCGUUCAAACUGAAGCAGCAGCUCAAUGAGUUUAUUGAAGAGAGGAAAGGAUGGUUGGAUGAAAUAAACCGAAAACAUGCUGAUAUGGUGGCUGCUCGCAUUGCAUUGGAAAAGCUUCGACAGCGGGAUCAAUUUUUCACAACUGAAAAUGAAAUGUUGAAGGUGGAGAAUGCAAACCAUAAAAAGAAGGUGAUGGAACUUGAAGAGGAAAUGAAAAAGCUUUCUGGCCAGCAAAAUCUUCAGCAGCGUAUCCAUCACCAUGCCAAGAUCAAGGAAGAGAAUAAUUUGUUGAAAAUUCAAAACGAUGAUUUAAGUGCUAAGUUGAGGCGAACAGAGAAUAUCCUAUCACGUGUUAGGGAAGAGCUUGCUCGCUAUCGUGCUUCUAAUGGGAGGAACCCUUUUAUUGGUUUUGAUGAGGAGCAACGACUAAAUGACAAACUAAAGGAAAAUGAAGAAGAGAGGCUCCAAUUAGCAGAGAAGCUAGUGGGUUUAUGCACCAGUAUUUUAAAGGCUGCUGGAAUAACAAGACCUGUAUCUGAUGUAAGUCUCCCUGCAGCAGAAGAGGCACUCUGUCAACUGAAAGGUAAAAUAACUGCAUUGGAGACAGAAUUGGACGAUUUGAAGUUUAAGAGUAGAAUAAGUGGCGAAAAGAUCCGAUUGUCUGAGCUCAAGUCACAAUCGUCGCCCAAUUCAAGAAGGGGAUCACAGACUUCAUUUCUUUCUGCUAUAAGUCGUUAAAUCCAGGCAAUGUCAAUAUGCCAGGUUUUUCACCUGGAAUGACAGAUUGA